AUGAUAUGGCUGCUUUUUUUAAUCAUUACUAUUAGUAUAAAUAAUGAAUUUUUAUUUGGUUGCUCAAGCUCUGCUUUUAAAUCAGGAUACUCAGUUUUGAAACCAAAAACAGACAAUAGAAAUUAUAAAAACGUUAAUUUAAGAAAUGGAAUCACUGCAUUGUUGAUAGAAGACCAAUUUUCAGAAAGUGCAGGUUUCACUGUAGGAAUAAAAGCUGGAUCUUUCAAUGAUCCCAUUUAUGCCUUAGGUUUAUUUCAUUUAAUAGAACAUGUACUUUUUUUGGGAACAAAAAAAUAUCCUGCUCCUGAAAGUUAUGAUGAAUUUAUGGCUCAGCAUGGUGGAAAAAACAAUGCAUAUACUGCAGAAGAAAGAACAAUUUACUUCAAUGAAAUUGUGGAAGAACACCUAGAAGAAGGGUUAGAUCAUUUUUCACAAUUUUUUAUUGAACCGUUAUUUUAUGAAAGUAUUGUUAAUCAAGAAAUUCAUAUAGUAAAUUCAGAACAUUUGAAAAAUAUUCCUAAUGAUCUUGAUCGACUAUUUUAUACAUUAAAGUCAUACAUGUACAGGCCAAUGUCACAAUUUACAACAGGAAAUAUUGAAACAUUGAUUGAUAUUCCAAAGGCAUUAGGAAUAUCGAUCCCAAAACAAAUUAAACAAAUUUAUAAAAAGUAUUAUUGCGGAAAAAAUAUGUUUAUUGUUAUAUCUUCCAAGAGAAGUAUAAUCGAACAAGAAAAACUUGUAGAAAAAUACUUUUCGGGAGUUUUACCCGAUAAUAAUGGGGAAUGCGAAUUCAAUUCAAAAAAAAUAAAACAUGGGCCUCCAAAUAAACCAAUAAUUAAUGAGAGAUAUUUGGGUAAAAAGAUUCAUAUAAAAUCUGUGAGUGGACACAAUUUACUAUGGCUAAUUUGGUCAUUUCCAAUAGAUUUAAUUUCUUCAGCUAAGCAACCAUUGUUAUACUUGUCAUAUGUUCUGAAUUCUAAACAUAAAAAUUCACUAUUCUGGAUGUUACAAAAAAAUAAUUACAUUACAAAUUCAAACUCCUUCUAUGAAAAUUACAGUUUUGGUAGUAUUUUUAUCUAUCAAUUGGAACUAACAUCAGAAGGAUCAAAGAAUGAGGUUGAAAUAAUUGGGUUAAUAUAUAAGUUCAUUAACAAACUAAAGAAAAGUAAAGAAUUACUGGAGAUUUAUCAAGGUAUUAAAUUACUAACAGAAAGAGAGUUUGUCACGAACACAGAAAUGGUUGAAAAGUCGCCUAUGUAUACUACAUCAGAAAUUUGCUCUAGGAUGAUUCAAUAUGGAAUUCAUGCGGCAUUAAGCGGAGAUAUUCUAAUCGAGGAUAUCGAUAAGAAUUUAAUUUCUGAGAUACUGAAUACCAUUUCGCCGUUUAAUACACUAUUUUUGUCAAGUGAUGAACGGGAAUUUUUAGGAGUAGAAGAUAAAAUUUUUCAUGUGAUGCACACUAUUGAAGAAAUUCCUCUGAAAACAUUGAAUGAUUGGAAAUAUGCAAAAUAUAACGAAGAGCAAGAAAAUGAAAUAAAAUUACCAAUUCCGGAAAAGUGCUCACCUAUCAAUUUAAGAAUUAUUCAAGAAAAAGAAUAUCUCUCAUAUCCACAAAAGUUGGAUUCUGCAUUAGCUAAUAUAUGGUGGCAUGGACCUGUGAAAAAAAGCCAUAAAAUUGGAAUAAAAAUACUUUUAAAGUUUCCAAGGAGAUAUUAUAAAGGAAUCGAAACACAAUUUUGGGGAGAAAUAAUUACAUAUAUUUUAAACACUUUGAUUGAAGAAAAAAUGGAAAGGUACAACGAAUGUGGAAUUUCAUUUUAUAUGGAGUGGGAUGUAGAGGGAAUCAUAAUAAAUAUUGAUCUAUUUGGAUAUUCAAAUGAUAUAGAUACACUUUUAAAUGAAUUAGUCGCACCCGAAAUUGCAAAUAUUUCCAAUUUUGAUUGUGACGUAUUGAAUGAAAUUAUUCAUGAAUUAAAUAAUUCUAAAUCAGGGUUUAAGUCCGGACAGGAUACAACUAUUUCCAAAAUCAUGUUAAUAAUUAAAUCUUUGCAAACUAGUGGCGAAUAUACAGAGUGGGAAUAUAGAGACUUUAUAAAUAAAAUGUUUAUUGAAAUUAAAAAUAAUGAACACAAUUUGAAUGAUAAUAAAAAUUUUUUGGUUUCAUUUAUAUAUGAAUACACACACAAAAUUCGGAAUUCAAACUCAAAUGAACACAAUAUAUGUGAAUUGUUUAAAAACUGGUCAUACAAACUACUACAUAGACAAUCAAUUAUUGCAUAUUUGCAAGGAAACAUCUCCAAGAAUAAAUCUUCGUAUUUAAUUGAGAAAUUUAUACUAAAUAGCAAAAUAUUACCACUUAAUAAUAAGUAUUCAAUGAAAAAGAAAAUACACAAACUUGUCAAGCCGAUUGAUAUUACGGUGAUAAAUCCAGUUAUUGAAGAUAUUAACAACAGUGUACUUACGUUUUAUCAGUUUGGAAUUCCAUCUUUUGAAGAAAAACUACACUUAAUGGCAUUACAACCAAUUGUAAAUGGGUAUAUAUAUGACAAUUUAAGGACAAGCAAACAAUUAGGAUACAUUGUUUUUGCAAAUAUUGUACCUAUAAGUAUUACUUGGUCGCUGGUUGUGGGAGUAGAGGGAGAUAACAGCAAUUCCGUUGAAACAAUUGAGAUGAAUAUACAAAAUACAUUGUACGAGUUUUCAAUUCAAAAACUAGGUAAUAUGGGCAACAAAAUGUUUGAAGAUAUAAAAAUUACAUUAAUACAAGAAUUGAAAUCAAUAGAAAAUUCAUUUAAUCUAAGUCUUAGCCACUACUGGGAUGAAAUUCGUUAUUUUGGGGGGUUUUCAGAAGGUUUUAAUUUACAAAAAGCAAUUGAUUAUAUCAAUGAUAAUAUGACAAUUGAACACCUUUAUAAUACAUUCCGUAAACUAAUCAAUUCAGGUGAACGCUUAAGAUCGCCCUCAACAAUAAAGGCAGCUUAUUACCCCAAAACUUCAAAAUAUUUUAAACAAGAAUUUAUUGAUAGAUAUAUGGUGGAUGCGUUGAGUAUGGCUCGUAGGUCGUUGAAAAAAGACGAUUUCUAUUAA